UCUGAUUUGGUAAACACAUUUCUUUAGAUUUUUUGAAGGAAAAAUAGUUUCUUAGUAUAUACUGUUUCGAAAUCUGUAUGCAUAUAUCUUUGAAAAUUUCAAUUUCUGAAAAAACAAAUUAUUUCAUAUAUACUUCUAUGGUCUGAUGGGUUUUCAAGGUUUCAAUGGUCUUCUUUUAUGAUUUAUUAAGAUAUGAGUUUAUGUUUUUCAGAAUUUCUAUACAUAUUUAUUUCAAUCAGAGAAAAAUAAAAAUUGUUUUUAUAAUAAAAUAUAGCACAUCGACCUGUAUUUAUUUGAUGGGCCGGACCGGGCUUAGUAUUAGUUUUCGAGCCCAGUUAUGUACAGAACCGGCUCAUCUACGUGGCGGAAGCCGUCGUUACGAAGCGAGGGAACGAGAAUUAUAUUCGAACUUUCAAAUUAGGGUUCCCGCAGUCGUCCGAUCUGGUUCGCUUCCAUCUCCUCAUUCUUAGGAGGGGAGAGAAAAGCUGAUGAGCUCUCCGAUGGAGGUUUCGCUAGAGAAUGGCUCCGAGGUAACCGACCUCUCCAAGCCGGAGGGCGUCUCCGGCCGCCCCGCGCCUUUGCCCCCGCCGAUCUCCGCCGCAGAUGAUAAGGUCCUCGUUUCCGUUGAGGUCUGCUUGAAACCCUCGAGCACUGCUCGAGCUGAGGACGCACGCGCCGCCGUUGAAAGGAUGCUUGAGAAAAGGAGCAUGACCUAUGUUGAUGGUCCCAUUCCAGUGCCUGCUGAUGAUUCUUUUUUUGUUGAAAAUGUAAAAAGAAUCAUAGUUUGUGACACAGAUGAGUGGGUGGAGAACCAUAAAGUCUUACUAUUUUGGCAAGUCAGACCGGUUGUGCAUGUAUAUCAGCUUAAUGAAGAGGGCCCAGGUGAGGAACCAAGUGGAGAUGAUAUGCUUUCUAGCUUCAACGAGUGGGUUCUACCAGCAAGAGAAUUUGAUGGAUUGUGGGAAAGCUUAAUAUAUGAAACUGGUCUCAAACAGCGGUUGCUGCGGUAUGCCGCUAGUGCUCUUUUGUUUACCGAGAGAGGUGUAGAUCCUUGCCUCGUGUCAUGGAACAGGAUUAUCCUUUUACAUGGACCUCCCGGAACUGGAAAGACAUCUUUGUGCAAAGCAUUGGCUCAAAAGCUUUCUAUACGUUUGAAGUCAAGGUACUCAUGGUGCCAGCUAGUAGAAGUCAAUGCUCAUUCAUUAUUCAGCAAAUGGUUUUCAGAAAGUGGAAAAUUGGUUGCGAAGCUUUUCCAGAAAAUCCAGGAAAUGGUGGAAGAAGAAAAUAAUCUUGUAUUCGUCUUGAUUGAUGAAGUUGAAAGCCUUGCUGCUGCCAGACAAGCGGCUUUGUCUGGUUCCGAACCAUCAGAUUCCAUAAGGGUUGUGAAUGCUUUGCUUACUCAGAUGGACAGAUUGAAAUCUUGGCCUAAUGUGAUAAUUCUCACGACAUCAAAUAUAACGACAGCCAUUGAUAUUGCUUUUGUUGACCGAGCAGACAUCAAGGCAUAUGUGGGCCCCCCUACACUUGAAGCACGAUAUGAAAUAUUGAGGUCAUGCCUACAAGAACUUCUGCGAGCUGGAAUUGUUACAUAUCCUCAGGAUCAAGUUCAUUUCCCGCUUCUCAACUAUUCUACUUUGAAAGAGACACUGCAUCCAUCUGAGACGACAGAGCUUGAAGGGCCGCUUCAUUUGUCGAGGAUUCUGCUUGAAGCUGCAAAAGCAUGUGAGGGAUCAAGUGGUAGGGCUUUGAGAAAGUUGCCUUUCUUGGCUCAUGCAGCUCUUUCUAACCCCCACGCCUGUGAUCCUAGAAGGUUUCUGUACACCUUGACAGAAACUGCAAGGAGAGAACUCGCUGAAUUGAAUGCUUAACAUUUCGAUGUGGUAAGUGACCUAUUGGCAUUGUCUAAAGAAUGUCAUCUCAUGUCAAUGGUGCUGUUUUUAGCUUAAUGAUACUGUCAAUUACAAAGUAGUUGUUGAAUGCACUUUUCAGUGUUUCACUAGUAUAAUCUUUAUCUGCUUCUCACUAAAU